GUUAAAAUAGCAGAGUUUUCUCGAACUCCUGAAGAUUUCUUAAAGAAGUAUGAUGAGCUGAAGUCUAAAAACACAAGACAUCUAGAUUCCUUGGUUUAUCUACUGUCAAAACUCACAGAAGACAAAGAGACACUCCAGUAUUUGCAACAAAAUGCUAAAGAGAGGGCAGAACUUGCAGCAAGGGCAGCAAACAGUAGCAGCACAAACUUUUCCAUUCCCUCAUCUACUUCCAAGAUAUCUCUACAGGAGCUCGAGGAGCUCCGCAAGCAGCUGGGCAGUGUCACAGCCAACUCCAGUGUACAGCAGCCUCUUGAGCUUACACGAAAAAUCCUCCGAGAUAGGCAGAACAAGAAGAAUUCUGGUCAGCCCGUUCCAGUAUUUCCAUCUUGGGUAUAUGACAGACCUGCACUUAUUGGCGAUUUCUUAAUUGGCACCAGUUUAAGCACUGACACAACGGUACCUAUAGGUACUUUGCCAUUAGCUUCCCAAGAAUCCAUGAUUGUGGAGGACUUACUGUAUGUUCUGAUUGGUGUGGAUGGAAGAUACAUCACAGCACAGCCUCUCAUAGGCAGGCAGAACCGAGCAUUUUCAGUCGAUCCAAACUUGGACUUGUCCAUCAAAGAGCUGGUGACCAGGAUUCUUCCUGUAGCAACAAGUUACUCUGCUGUCACAAGGUUUAUAGAGGAGAAGUCUUCCUUCGAGUAUGGACAGGUAAAUCAUGCUCUGGCUGCUGCUAUGCGGACUCUAAUCAAGGAAUACAUGAUAUUAAUUACCCAGCUGGAACAUCUUCAGAGACAGGGACUUCUGUCACUGCAGAAACUCUGGUUUUAUAUCCAGCCCACAAUGAGGACCCUGGAGAUUCUUGCUUCACUUGCUACUUCUGUGGAUAAAGGCGAGUGUAUGGGAGGAUCAACCCUGAGCUUACUCCAUGACAAGACUUUCAAUUACACAGGGGACAGCCAGGCCCAGGAGCUGUGCCUGUAUUUAACCAAGGCAGCCAGCGUGCCUUAUUUUGAAAUUCUGGAAAAGUGGAUAUAUCGAGGCAUCAUUAAUGAUCCAUACAGUGAGUUCAUGGUGGAGGAACAUGAGCUGCAGAAGGAAAAGAUUCAGGAAGACUAUAAUGACAAAUAUUGGGAUCAAAGAUAUACUGUUGUUCAGCAACAGAUUCCCUCAUUCUUGCAGAAAAUGGCUGACAAAAUACUAAGCACAGGGAAAUAUUUAAAUGUUGUGCGAGAAUGUGGACGUGAUGUUACCUGCCCUGUGGCUAAAGAGGUCAUCUAUACUUUAAAAGAGCGAGCAUAUGUGGAACAAAUAGAAAAAGCAUACAACUAUGCUAGCAAAGUUCUUCUGGAUUUCCUCAUGGAGGAGAAAGAGCUGAUGGCUCACCUGAG